AUGGCUUCCACCGAUGCGCUUCAAUUGCUGAGGGCAAGCAUUGCAGUCUCAAAGCCCCCAAUCCUCACUACAUCCUCUAAUCCGACAACUGCGGAAGCAAACCAAACGGACUCAUUCGUCGAGGCAACAUCCCUCUACUUCAGUCAUCCUACUCCUUUGUGCAUUCCUUUGGACCAAAAGACGCGCUUCACAUCCACAAAUCCUGACACCGUCCAGGUCGACCUGCGAAGCAUCUUCUUCGCCUGGCUCCAGAAAGAUGUCGCUGUUCCCGAAUACAUUGCCCUUGCAGCGGAUCUAGAUAAACAACUUCCCGAGGGUCAAAAAGUGAGGAAUCUCAUUUUCGUCGAGCGUCUUGAUUUGAUUACGUGGCUGGAAGGCGCCUCUGAAGAAUCUGAAUAUAUCAAACCCAUCGAAGGUGCGGCCGCUCUAGGCGAUGCUGCCAACCGAGCGGCAGAUGUUGCUGGUGGCGCGACUGUUCCGACCGUCGGUGGCGUCGGUGUCGGCGUCACUCAGACUGUUGGAGGAAGGCCUAUCAAAACGAUAGAUGCGAGGUUACAAGCAAUCUACAAUGGGGAGCGGAAGUUGGGGGACCACAAUACCGCCCUGCGAGGAAUCAAGCCUACAGACUUCUCACACGUGCGCAAGCACGCAGAAACCUUCCUCGGACGGCGCAAAGGUAUGCCAUCAGUCGCUCGACAUGGCCAGACCUCCCAGAUCUCUCAACUCGCCGCUCGACCUGCUGCUGGAUUGUCGAAGCCAGCGGUAGGUGCGGUGUCUUCGAAACGUUCAGACCCAAUCAUUCUCCUUUCUCCAUCUGCAUCCUCACUGCUCCGAAUGUCGAAUAUCAAAGCUUUUCUCGACACUGGCCUCUACGUCCCACCCGACCAUCCGACGCUCUCAACACAAACUACUGCUAAUCUUCUGCACAUCACUCGCACACUCCACUCACUGAGUGAAAAGCCUUACAGAUUUAUCCUGGUUGAUUCCCCAGACCAAUUCAAACCUGACUACUGGUCGCGCGUAGUGGCCGUUUUUACGACCGGUCAAAUCUGGCAAUUCCGAGGGUACAAAUGGAGAGAGCCACAGGAGCUUUUUGGUCAUGUGUUGGGUAUCUUCGUGGGAGAGAAAGGGUUACCCAUUCCCGGGGAAGUAAAGGGUUGGGGCAGUAGUGUGAAGACAUAUACUGUCGAGAGGUGGGACGAGAGAGCUCAUGGUGCAACUGUCGAUCAAGAAGCACGAGCCGCCAGAAGAUGGAGGGAUCGAGAGAUCGUAGAAGAAGUAUGGCGGUCGAUUGAGGCUCAUAUGCGAGGACGCGGUGAAUGGCGGAGAUGA